AUGGGCAACCUAAUUCGCCGCUUCGACUCAAACGAUAACCCUCUUCCUAUCGGUACCCCCGCCGUACCAGCUGCAGCAGAUUCAGCAUGCGCACCGACAACCCCCACGCCCUCCACUGACCAAUCCCCCCUCCCACCCAUGCCGCGCACCCCGAUUCUCUCCCCUCGCCGCGCCAAUGAACACAACUUCCUUCCCACCCCUACCCCUCCCACCACCACCACAACUAAUCCCCGCCGCACCCCCGAGAUACUCGGGCAUCUCUUACGUGACACAUUCAUACUCACCCCCCUAGCUCCCACAUCUGCGCCACUUCAAGACCCCCGGCGCGGCGUAGUACUGUUGCGUCAAGACCAAGAAACAUCUGCAGCGCUGCAGAACAGGAUUAUGGGAAGUGAAGAUAGGGACGGGGGGGUAGCACUGGUGCCUUGUGAGAGUAACGAGUAUUUUGCGGUCGAGAAUCUUAGAGAAAGAAUUAAAAAACCAUUGGUCAAAACUCAAGCAUUGCACUACACACCGCUCAAGUUCACUAGACUCAGUCUCCCCGCCCCUAAAAUAAAAGCAAUUGCAAUCACAGUGCACCUGAUAAGAGAACGUAUGUACCACGCUCCACAUUGCAUGAAUCAGCCGGGAAUCGAACCCGGGUCGGGCGCAUAUCAUCCAAAGAUGGCAAGCGCCCGUGAUACCACUACACCACUGAAUCCUGACUACCUUAUGUAUGAUCAUAUUUUUGGAGUUCUCGGGAAUGGUGGUUAA